GGCUGCUGGUGCAGCUGGAGCGUCUUCCUCGAGGCAGCAGGUAUCACAUCAUGAUCAUCCGAGAAGUCUCGCGAUGUCCGCUGCAGCAAGUCCAAGUUCACAGCUAUCACAUGAUCAAGAUCAUCCGAGAAGUCUCGCGAUGUCCGCUGCAGCAAGUUCUUGCAAGACCGACCAAUCACUAGACAAGCGGCUGGAGAUAAGGAAAGAAAAAAGUCUGUCACAGUCACUAACUUGCAGGUUUUGCAUUGCAAAUUUUUUUAGCAUCACAGCUUUUCCUUGUAUUGCAGAAACACUAGGGAAAUCCCUUAUGAAGUUUGGCUGUGAUGCAUUUUUACCCAUGACACUGACACACUAUUUUGGAUUGCAAAAAUGCGCAUGAGUGAUCGUGACAAACUUUUUUUGUUUGAUAGGAGAGACUCGAUAUCGAGCACGGGGUAAAUCCUGACGUCGGCGCGUCUCAAGUGACCAGAGACUUGCUCUCAACCGUGAGCUAUCAAAUGUAAAAAUGUCUGGGUCUGGAAGAGUCCAUGUUUGUCAUGCGUGUCUGGCAUGACUCUCAAAUCUGUCAUGCACGUUACCCAAGAACGCCACUUUUCUGUCAUGCAGAAUGAAACGCAGUUUGUCAUGCAGCAUAGGCAACACCUAGAAGCUCAGAAACUUCUCAUGCUGACGAGCCAGCACUUGUGGCCUCCUCAUGAUACGCCACCCAGCAUCACAAGUUUCCAGACCCAGACACUUUUGCAUUUGAUAUGAGCGUGACACGGCCCGACUGGGAAGAACAGCCCGAUAAUUAUAUCUACCCGAAUUACGAAGAGCUGCUCAGCUUCGCCGUCGAAUAUGCGAAAGAAUACUGGUGGAGAAUGAAAGCACAUAGAAACCCUGCGGCCGAGGGCGCCGUCGGGCUGCGGAGCCCCCUGGUCGUCUACAUCGUGGUGAAACGUCUCGUGAACAAGGCUUGGGGCCCGCAUUUCGCGAGGAGGCGUUGUACUAGAGCUGCCAGAAUGAACUGCCA